GCAAUUUCAUUUAACAUUUGAUAUUGACUGUUUACUGCUAAUCGACCUCAUUACAGCGUACAUUAGCUGUCAUUCGAAAUUAAAUUACUGCUAGUUAGCUAACGUUAACGAACUAACGUUAGCUUGCUGGGUUAGAUGGGGUUAGAUUAGCUAGCUUGGAACUGACGGGUUGCAGGGAUAUUGCAACAUAGGUAAGCCCGGGUGUAAAUAGGUUGGAAACCAUGACUGAAACUGGGAAUCGAAUGGGCCAUGACAGCGUCGGCUCUCCAGGCUGCGAGCGGAUGUUGACUGACAGUGGCCUGACCCAAGCCCAGCGAGAGAUGCUGGAACGCUGUCUGCACACGCUAACUCACGCCAAGAACGACAGCCACACAUUGGCCGCACUACUUCUGAUCACACGUGUGUGUCCAGCAAAUCAGUUGGACAGUGCAACACUGAGGCGUGUGUUUGAGGCAGUAGGUUUGGGUUUACCGGCACGCCUCCUGGUGACGGCAGUGCAGGGUGGCGCAGGCUCAUGUUCAGUACUCCCUGCUGAAGAGCUGCUGUCCCUAGGCACUGCCCUGCUGGCUGCUCUUAGCACUGACCAGGACAUGGCCACACACCCACAGCUCCUCAGCACCAUUCCCCUGCUUUUGGGCCUGCUGGCAGACGGGCCCGGCUGGACUCCUCACACGAAGCCACAAGGCCAGGAGUCUGAGAGGGGCCAGCCUUCAGAGGACUAUCGUGCUAAACCACAUGCAGCCCAAGAAGGGUCUCAUUUAAAUCAGAGCUCAGCAAACCCUAGAGAGCCCUCUGGUGAACACCAGAGUCCAGAGGAGUCGGUUGGCCUGAGCGAAGGUGUAGGGAAGGCCCCCCCGAGCCCGGCUGCAGGCCUGGACGAGGCUUUGGCUGCAGACUGCUACCAGGUCCUGAGCAUGGUGUGCGCCUCAGCCAGGGGCCCGGAGCAGCUCCUGUCCCGAGGGGCGGUGCCAGCGCUGUGCAGGGCUGUGGACCGGAACCAAACCCUCAGCCGGGAGAAGUGCCUGCCGCUGCUUGGCCACCUGCUCUCGAGCCGCAUCCGACCGUCGGCCUGGAGCAAACACCCCGCCGAGCUCUUGUCCCUGCUGGCUGCAGUCUCCGCAGAGUUCUGCCAGGCAUCGCAACUGGACCGGCUGGAGAUGUGCACCCGGGUACCGCAGUUCCUGCCCCCUCCUGGCGUUGCGCUAGAGAGCGGGGACCUCCGGUCGAUUGUAAGCCAGCUGUGGGGGGUACUCAGGCCCAUGGUGCAGGCCAAAGUCACCCCGGCCCAGCUCGGCCCAGUCCUGGUACUGUCUGCUUGCCUGCUGGACCUGUGUGGCUGGGAGCUCGUGGGCCCACCGAAGCUGUGUUGCCUGCUGGUGAACCGAGCCUGUGUGGAAGUGCGGAUGGGCCUGGAGGAGUAUCCUGCCACCGACCUGUCCCCAGUACAGGAGCAGGUGAUCACCGCCUGCUACCGCAUCAUGGAGGCUGCCAUGGAGCAGGCAUGCAGCCAGGGCCUGGUCCAGGACACCGCCCAGCCUCAGACCGCCAUCGCUGGGCUGAAUCUGCAGCAGAGCAGGCAGGUUCUGGGAGUCCUAGAGGAAGCCUUCUCUGCAGUCAUCUACUACCUGCAACAGGUUGGCCAAAGUCGCCGUGGUGACCCCUUCCUCUUUGUGACCUUUCGCUCACUUUGUGCCUGGCUGGCUGAGGAAACUUCCUGUCUCAAAGAGGAAGUCAUCGCCCUCUUGCCCUUCCUCAUUAAUUAUGCCAAAGGACAUCUGGAAGGAGAGGGUCCAGACAAGGGCCUGUCUGAUUGGAUGUCAGAGAUGUCUGUAACUGAUACUACGGAGGGCGGGGCCUGGUCAGGCGAGGAUGCAAUCAGGUAUCUGCUUCCUGCUCUGUGUCACCUCUCAGCAGAGGAGGGCCCAAGGCGGGUGCUGCUUGACCUGGACACCCCGGCCCUGCUGGUGGGCUUCCUAGAGCGUCGCUGGGGCGCCCUGAGGGGCAAGCGGGGCGUGGCGGGGACCCGGGACCCCAGCAUGGAGACGGCCUGCUCCUCUUUGCUCAACUUCGCUGUGACUGAGGCUGACCGAGUCAGGAAGGAUCCAUGUUUUCUCUCUCUCAAAUCUCUGUUGAGUGAUGCACUUCCUGUCCUCCUGCACAAGCCACGCUUACUUGUCCUCGCAGCUAAUUUCUGCACUCUGGGACUGAUGACUGGCAGGCUGACACCUGCUUCCAAAGGUCCGGUGGACGCGGUUCAGCGGCGGUUCUUCACCGCGGCCCUGCGCUUCCUGGGGGGGGCCCUGCGCCCCGGCCCCGGCCCGGCUGAAGUAAGUGCGGCGUGGGCGGAGUGGUGGGAGGAGGUGGCUGAGCUGUGGAGGCUGGGGCUCCAGGCCCUGGCGGGCUGUGUGUGCGCCCUGCCCUGGCUGGCUGCCGUGGCCAGGGAGGGCGGCUGGCUGGCCGACACCCUGGCCCUGCUGGCCGCCUCCAGUGCACUACCUGACCCCCACUCCCAGGGGGCGCUGGAGGAGGCCCUUGUUGCUCUGGCACGCCAGUGCCCGCUUUGCAGAGGGGAGAUCCGCGCAGUCCUGGCGGAGAACAGAGGAGCGCUCCACAGCAUGGUCCAACUGCAGGGGGCGCUGGCGGACUGAUUCUCCAACAGCGUAAAAGCACAAACCUGCUCAAAUGGACACUGAAGGAUGAUUAGGAAAUGCCAACUGCCAUGUGGCGAUGCAGAUAUUUUGUAUUCUUUGUAAUAAAAUUUGACUGUACAUUAAGUGUCUGGGGAAAGAAAGUACCCUUUGCAUCAAUAAAGAAUGAUUUGGACUGA